AUGUCAUCCACUCGUAUUAUUUCUUGCAUUGAUUCUGCAUUACAUGAUGUGGAAUUCCUGUUUAAAACUUUUCCUCCCUUCGGGCUCCGCUUUGAGUGGCUUAAACUCUUGUUAAACAAACUCAAGACGUUUGUAGUUCUUUCUGUGGCAAAGUUGAACAACCAUGAUGCAAAUUUUGUAUCAUUCCUGAGAAACAUUGAGGACACCGUUGUCGAAAAUGCAGGAGAACUUCAUCGUUGUUGUCUUCAUUUGGAAGUUGAUCCCAAUGAUUUGCCAUUCCAAAUGGUUGAAAUCUUCGAGCACGGAAUCUCUAGCUUGGAGAAAGAAAUCGACGAAUGGUACGUUAAAAUGAUGGAUUUCAGGCUGCGGGAAUCAAGUAACAAUUCCCCUGUUUCCACAGAAGAAAUCUCCACAAUCAUCCAUUCCGAUUUGGAGAUUCUACGGUUCAUGUGUAAGGUGGAAGAUUUAGAAGAAGCUGCGGAAGCUUUGGUUGAGCAGAUGGGGUUCUUGCAGAGUUUCAUCCGCUUUGUUGCGAAUCCCUCACAAGAUUUAUUAGCUCAUUCUGAAGCUGUUGCUAUAGAUGUACAUCUUCUUUUCUACUGUCCUAAAGCAUUUGAACAGCUUAAGCUUGAUGGUGAACAUCUCGAUAAGGGAAAGUGCAAGGAAAUACUUUUGACAUAUGUGCGAAAGAUCAAGCCAAAUGAUAAUCCUCAUGUCUAUGUGAUUUACACUCAAGCCUUGAUCUCAAAAAAAUCACUUUCUCAAACUGAUCAUCAGGACAUGGCUGACGAAGACUUUGUCACGGCGAAGAAUUUCUUUGACUCUCUCGUGUCAUGUCUGUGGGAGAUUCUACUUCUGAAUAGCUCUGAUCACGUUGUUUCUAUGAAGGAUGAACUGAAACAAUUCUAUGAAGGACUGAGAUCCUUGAGAGCCAUUCUUAAUAAGCACCGGCAUCAUCAGGUAUACAAUUUUGAGGCAGAUAUGGUAUCUGUGUUGUGUGAUGCCGGAGUCUUCAUUUUCUCAUUCUGUCAAACACAUACAGAAUCAGAUCUUAGAUUUCUUCAUGAGUUGUUGCAAAAAAUCUAUAUUGUUUUAGCAAAAGUUGGAGAAGGGGAUCCAGAACUACAAAUGUGCAACUUUCCCAAGACUAAUCAGUUGGGUUUUGUCGAUUUUGUAUUGGACAAACUGAUAGAGGUGAAGAGUUGCAGAACUGAAUCGAUUAGCAAGAUUCAAGAUGUUCAAACAAUCCAUGACGGACUUGUUGCCUUCAGGUCAUUUUUAGAGGACAUUAGACCAUUGUGUUACCAACAGAAGGAACUCCAAUCUCUAUGGGAUCGGGUCAUGGAGCUGGCUUACAGGGUGGAGAGUCUCAUUGAUCACUUAUUUGUUGCUGAUUAUCAGCAUACUUCUCCAGCAUCAAUUCAUUCCAUCAUGGAAGACAUCAUGAAUAUGAAGCUCGAAAUCAAAGACAAAAGACCAGAAUUUGAGGGCAAAAGACAAGAAAUCAAAGUGAAAGAAGCAACCAGGGAUUACAGCUAUGCGCCGCCACAAACAACUCUCUCAAAAACAACCAAUGAGGUGGUAGGUUUCGAUGAUUAUGCAGUAUCAAUUAUUGAUGAACUAGCAAGAGGUUCAACACAUUUGCGAGUUGUCGCCAUUGUAGGCAUGCCAGGAAUAGGUAAGACCACAUUGGCUACAAAAGUUUACAAAGACAUUUCCGUUUCACAGCAUUUCCAUCUUCGUGCUUGGUGCACUAUUUCACAAGUUGUGCACAAAAAGUAUGUAUUUCUUCAACUUUUGAAUCAGAUUGAUCCUGACAGCAAUUUUUCUAUGCUCAAUGAGCAAGAUCUAGUAGAAACCUUCUGGCGCAGGUUGAAAGGGAAAAGGUAUCUCAUACUUUUGGAUGAUAUAUGGGACCAUGAGGCAUGGAAUACCUUGGCGGGAUCAUUCCCUGAUGAUAAUAUUGGCAGUAGACUUAUUUUAACAAGUCGUUGUGAUAAUGUUGCUCCUUCUCAGAUGCUCGUCGACCAAAAACCACAUUUUCUUCAGCCACUCGAUGAAAAAGAGAGCUUUGACUUAUUGCAGGGGAAGUUAUUGCAUGGAAAUGUUAGCUGGAAUCCUGGUUUAAGUGAUCUUGUCAUGCAAAUUGCUACAUCCUGUAAGGGCUUACCGCUAACAAUCGUCAUUGUAGCUGGACUUCUAUCCACUAUAGAGCCAAAUGGUUGGGAGAAAAUUCGGAAUGAUUUGAGCUCAAGUGGUGCAUGCAUAAUAGAGCACUGCAUGAACACACUGGAACUCAGCUAUGCACAUUUAGCAGAUGAUUUAAGGCCGUGCUUUCUCUAUUUAGCGGCAUUUCCAGAAGAUGUACAAAUUUCAGCCAAGAGAUUGCUGCAUCUAUGGAUGGCAGAAGGCUUUGUUCGCAAAGUAAAAGGAAAGCGCAUAGAAGAUGUUGCUGAAGAUUAUUUGAAUACUUUGGUUGGCAAAAGCUUAAUAAUGGUUGCCAAAAGAAGAUGGGAUGGAGGGGUCAAAACAUGCCGAGUUCACGACCUGCUUCAUGAUUUUUGCUUACAAAAAGUCCAAGAUGAACAGUUUUUCCAUGUCCUAAAGGGAUAUGACGAGCUUUCAGCAUUUAAUGAACCACGCAACCUUCGAAGGUUGUGCAUUCACUCUGAGCAACAGGAAUUUAAUGAGGCAAAAUUAUUUUGUCCUCGUGCACGUUCUUUGCUUUUCAACUCCUCUGGAACCCAAGAGUUGCAAAGUACCUCAUUGUGGCUUCACAGCUUCAAACUUCUAAGGGUGCUGGAUUUGGAGAAGAUAUAUAUACGAUCUGGAUUCCCAAGUGAAAUAGAAGUACUUGUUCAGUUAGCCUUCCUGGCAAUCAGAGGCCACUUCCGUCACAUUCCAUCACUGAUAGAUCAGCUCCCAAAUUUGGAAACUCUAAUUUUGAUAUCAGGGUUCGAUUACUUGCUAUUGCCAGACAGUAUAUGGAAUCUACAAAGGUUAAAGUAUCUUCACCUAAGGAGUAGCCAACAUGAUGGUGGUGGUAUUUUGUCAAUUAACAAUCUUGAUAGCUUUUCCAUUUUACCAGAGCUUGAUAGGUUUUCAGGCGCGGUUAUUCCUUCCUGGAGCAGCAUGGAAACGCUAAUGAGAAAGUUUCCAAACAUUCGUAAGUUGAAAUGCUAUAUGUGCCGUAAUCAGGAAGAUAAUAUUCCGGGAAAUUUUGAUGGAAUUGUGUCUCUUGACUUUCUGAAUCAACUAGAAUCACUUCAUUUGUCUAGCCGUAGUCCACCCACUAAUUUUGAGUUGCGUUUGCCUACUCAUCUCAAGAAGCUGAGCUUGUCGAAUUUUGUGUUGUCUUUGAGGAAUAUUUCACUCAUCGGUGAAUUGCCAAACCUUCGAGUCCUCAAAUUAGUCCAAAUAUGCUUUGCAGGGAACACAUGGGAAAUAGGAGAAGGAGAAUUCUGCAAACUCAAAAUCUUGAAAUUGCUUCAGCCUAAAGGCCUUAUUACCUGGAGAGCUUGUGAUGAUCAAUUUGACUGUCUUCAGGAGUUGACAUUGGCUGGUGGUGUAAAUUUGAAAGAAAUGCCUUCUUGUCUAGAGUACAUUCCGAUGCUUGAAACAAUUUCGCUCUUUUGGCCUUCGAAGACUGUAGUGGAUUUGGUGAAAAAGAUUCAGAAAGAACAGCUGGAUUGGGGAAAUUCAAAUCUCAAGGUCUCUAUUGAAGGAUGGGAUUGAUUUUUCUUCUCCUCUUGAUCAGGUUGAUGUUGUUUAUAUUAGUAUAAUGCUCGGUUCAUCUGAGUCACAAUAUUCAGUGGUGUUUAAUAUUUUGUAGAAAAGGCUGCAUAUCUGUGUAUCUUCAAGGCAAUGAAUCUGUCACAAUAUUCAGUUCAUAUUGUUGAAAACUUCUCUUGUCCUGAAAGUCGCCCUGCAUUAAAAAAAUAAAGGCCAACUUUGAUCUCUCUCUUCUCCAAAAGAAACCAUUUCAGAUACUUAAUGCUUCAUUAGA